UAUGCUUAAUGGGGCUCUAGGAGGCACCUGCCCAGGUGGUCAAAAUAAUAGGCAGGUAAGGUACGCUAAAGAAGCAACCCUUAGUAACCUUAGUGAGAGAACACGUUGCUAUGUAACUUUUUGCCCCGGCUGUAUUCCGUAAAAGUCCCCGGUCCACUUUCUUCGACCUCAUGAGUGACGAUUCUUUUCCACCAGAAUCUACACUUUUUUUUUUUUCUUCUUUAAGCACAUUCCUCGUUUGUGUUGACAGUUGCACUAUUAUUUAGUGGCGAUUUGCAAGGGCUUAAGUUUGGAGAAAGACUGAGGUUCACUUGAAGACAUGUGGCAUCUUUAAACCACCGCAAAUCUUCGUAUUCUUCGCUUUCUUCACACUUAUAUCACCAGCCCCUCUAUUAUUCACUUCUUCUCGGUUAAGCUUGGACCGUUCUUCUUACAUGCCCACCGAUAGGUCCUUACGGUCUUUCUAACAUUUCACUUCCUGUUUUAUUCCCGUAAGACGCGAAACGAAAAAGAAAUUGACGGCGAUAUCGUUCCCUUUCCUUCGUCGCUCAUCAUGGAGAGUGCCUUUGCGAAACCCAUACCUGAAGUGCUGGCCAACUUCAAGGUAGAUGCCAAAGCUGGCCUUACGGACGGACAAGUCAGUGAAUUGCGAACCAAAUAUGGAAAUAAUUCUAUCCCAGAAGAACCGCCGACGCCCCUCUGGGAACUUAUUCUCGAGCAAUUCAAAGACCAACUGGUUAUAAUUCUUUUGGGAUCUGCUGCUGUUUCUUUCGUAUUAGCCCUCUUUGAGGAUGAUGAAGCUGGCUGGAGCGCAUUCGUUGAUCCUUUGGUUAUUUUAACUAUCCUUGUGCUUAAUGCUGUCGUUGGUGUGUCCCAAGAAAGCAGCGCCGAGAAAGCGAUUGCCGCACUCCAAGAAUACUCCGCGAACAUCGCCAGCGUGAUAAGGAAUAAUGGACAUAUCUCGCGAGUCAAGGCUGAAGAGUUGGUUCCUGGUGAUAUCGUCUCGGUAUCUGUUGGCGACAGAAUCCCCGCCGACUGUCGCGUUGUUGCGAUCGAAAGCAACAGUUUCGCCGUUGACCAGGCCGUCCUGACUGGAGAGAGCGAAAGUGUUGGGAAGGAUCAUACUGCUGUUGUGAAAGAUGAGAAGGCGGUGCUCCAAGAUCAGGUCAACAUGCUCUUCUCGGGAACCACUGUUGUAACUGGACGUGCGACAGCUAUUGUCGUUCUGACUGGGUCAAAUACUGCCAUUGGUGACAUCCACGAGAGUAUUACAGCUCAGAUUUCUGAACCAACGCCCCUGAAGCAGAAGCUCAACGAUUUUGGUGAUUCUUUGGCAAAGGUUAUUACGGUUAUCUGUGUUCUAGUGUGGCUGAUCAACAUCCCCAACUUCGCGGACCCGAGCCAUGGAAACUGGACUAAAGGCGCUAUCUACUACCUGAAGAUUGCUGUUUCUCUUGGAGUUGCAGCAAUUCCUGAAGGUCUUGCCGUUGUCAUUACAACUUGUUUGGCUCUGGGAACACGUAAGAUGGCUGCGAAGAAUGCUGUGGUCCGAAGCCUUCCUUCGGUCGAGACCCUCGGAAGCUGCAGUGUCAUCUGCUCAGACAAGACCGGUACUCUCACAACUAACCAAAUGAGUGUGAGCAAGAUCGUAUAUAUCAACCAAGACGGAACCGAUUUAGAAGAAUUGGAUGUUGAAGGUACCACAUUUGCACCUAAGGGUGACGUUACGCGCAAUGGCAAGGUUGUGAAAGACCUUUCUCAGAGUUCAAGCACUAUUCGUCAGAUGAAUGAGGUUGCCGCACUCUGUAACGAUGCUCGUCUCGUGUAUGAUGCCCGAACUGGUGCUUUCUCUAAGGUCGGAGAACCCACUGAAGGAGCUUUGAGGGUUCUCGCGGAGAAGAUCGGUCCCUGUGCACCCGCAAAUUCGAACCCUGAAGGUUGUCUUCAUUAUGCCAGCUCCUGGUAUGAGUCUCAGUUCCCCCGACUCGCUACUUAUGAGUUCUCCCGAGACCGAAAGAGUAUGUCCGUUCUUGUCCAAGCAGGUCAACAGAAGAAGCUUCUUGUCAAGGGUGCCCCUGAAUCUAUUUUAGACCGAUGCGCAUUUACUCUGGUUGGUGCCGAGGGAAAGCGGGUUCGCAUUGAUAACAAGCUUCGCAAUCUGCUCAUGAAGGAAGUAGUUGAUUAUGGUAACCGUGGACUGCGAGUCAUUGCACUUGCUAGCCUAGAUGAUGUUGGAUCUAACCCCCUGCUUCAAAACGCUAAGUCGACGGCCCAAUAUGCUCAACUAGAGCAGAACCUCACUUUGCUAGGCCUCGUCGGUAUGUUAGAUCCUCCUCGACCGGAAGUAUCUGGUGCCAUCAAGAAGUGCAAGGACGCUGGAAUCAGGGUUAUUGUUAUCACUGGCGACAACCGCAACACCGCGGAGAGCAUCUGCCGUCAAAUUGGAGUCUUUGGGGAAUAUGAGGAUCUCAAGGGCAAGAGCUACACUGGUCGCGAAUUUGAUAACCUAAACCCCAGCGAACAGCUCGAGGCCGCUAGAAAUGCAUCUCUGUUCUCCCGUGUUGAACCAAGCCAUAAGUCUAAGCUCGUCGAUCUUCUCCAGUCCCUCGGCGAGGUUGUAGCUAUGACCGGUGAUGGUGUCAACGAUGCUCCUGCUCUCAAGAAAGCAGAUAUCGGUGUUGCCAUGGGUUCCGGUACUGAUGUAUCCAAGUUGGCUGCGGACAUGGUACUUGCUGAUGACAACUUCGCUACUAUCGAGGUUGCUAUCGAGGAAGGCCGAUCCAUUUACAACAACACCCAACAGUUCAUCCGCUACCUCAUCUCCUCGAAUAUCGGAGAGGUCGUCUCAAUCUUCCUUACUGCUGCCCUUGGCAUGCCGGAGGCUCUUAUUCCUGUUCAGCUGUUGUGGGUCAACUUGGUUACUGAUGGUCUACCUGCGACUGCGCUAUCUUUCAACCCUCCCGACCACGAUAUCAUGAAGAGACAACCGCGAAAGCGUGAUGAACGACUCAUUGGUGGCUGGUUAUUUUUCCGAUACUUGGUCAUUGGCACUUACGUCGGUAUCGCUACUGUUGCCGGGUAUGCUUGGUGGUUCAUGUACAAUCCCGAGGGACCCCAAAUCAACUUUUACCAACUCUCGCACUUCCACCGAUGCUCUACUGAGUUCUCCGAAAUUGGAUGUGAGAUGUUUAGUAACGACAUGUCCAAGGCAGCCUCGACUAUCUCUCUCUCCAUCCUCGUGGUCAUCGAGAUGCUUAAUGCCAUGAACGCUCUAUCAUCCAGCGAGUCUCUGUUGACUCUGCCGCUCUGGGAAAACAUGAUGCUCGUUUACGCAGUUGGGCUAUCCAUGGCGCUCCACUUUGCACUGCUUUACACUCCCGUCCUUCAGACUUUAUUUUCAAUUUUGCCUCUGAACUGGACUGAGUGGAAAGCAGUGCUCAUCAUCAGUGCCCCCGUUAUUAUCAUUGAUGAAGUCCUCAAGGCAGUCGAAAGGCAAUUCUUCAUCCAGAAGACUACAGAUGAAGCCGAAAAGGCCAAAAAAGAGGCGUAACCAGGUGCAAACCUGUAAUCUAGAUAGACUAGACUAGACGUUCAUACGCAUUCUGAAUUAUGCGUUAUGAACAACCCAAAUUAAAUAAAAUGAAUGAGAAAUACGUUUGAUUGAGG